AGCACCGAAAGCAGAGAGACGCCAUUGCAGUUUCAUUUGCGCGAUAUCUUUUUUGUCUCUUCGAAACGCUGUUAAGACGUCAACUCGGUCAGAGAUGUGAGUGAAUAGCGAAGUGUAAAGAACAGAUAUCGUGAACAUGUCCUCAAGGCCGUUCAGGGGUGGCGGUCGAAGGGGCAGGAGCUUCUUUCCGCGUGGCGGUGGGUUUCGUGGCCGCUUCAACAGCCGGGGAGGAGGUCGCAACAAGCGGUUCGAUGAGCGAAGCGAGCGUACAUAUUACAAAGAUAAAUAUAAAUCCAGAUCGAGAUCAAGAUCGAGAUCCCGAUCAAUAUCAUCGAGGUCUCGUUCUCGAUCACACUCGAGGUCGCGGUCCCGCUCAAGCUCCCGUUCCAGGUCGCGCUCCCAGCAUAGGGACUCCAGAUCGAGGAAAUACCCAUCGAAAAAAGAGCUUCACCAGCUUGCACAGUCAGUCAACGAUGCUAUCGCUGCCAAAGAACGUGAUGACAGAAGAGAUCCGAUUGGUGGGGUUGGUGGCGGCGGUCAAAAGCGCCCAGGAACUUCCCAGCGUGGUGAACGACAGUUCUAUAAUGCAUCGCCACCACGCGGAGGCGACAGCCCCUCGGAUCCGCCUUAUCAUUAUGGGAAGAGCCGCUUCGACGACGAUAACAAGUCGCCCUACAGGAGGGAGUUUGAGGCACUGUCAAACGAACCCCAUCACGGCGGCCAGUCCAAAGCAGGGGGUGAUUUCCGAUCGCAGCUGCUCGAGAUGGCAAUGAAGGAGAAGCAGAAACUGGGCUUGGACAAGUUGGACUCCCCCCGCGACACCAGUACGGCCCUGAAGGCGAUUCAGGGCUACUCCGGAGAAGGAGGGCAGUCCCCGGACUCGGACCGCCCUGAGAGCCCCCCUCCCAACUUGUAUGACGACGUACCGAAGCCGUUGUUCCCCAUUUCCGAGAAGAGGGGCGGCGCUAGAAGUAAGCCCGACCCCGGAGGGGGCAAGUGGGGAGACAAGUUCACGUCGUCGUUCAUGCCCGUCGACGAGCGGAAGAAAGCGCAGGAACCCAUUUUCCCCGGGGUGGACGACUACGAUCCGAGGAUGGAGCAGAAAGAUAGUCCCAGGAGGGGGCACCAGACGCACAUGACCAUUCCGGGGCUCGGUCUGGACGAGAACAUCGACGACGAGGAGGCUUUUCUUUAUGGGGAGAGCGAGGAGAAAACCCCGUCACGGCCGCGCGAGACCGUGGAAAUGAGGCAGGACAAACGGGACUAUGGAAUGGACGACAGGGUUUCGUCUGGGAGCUUGGAAUCGUGGUCGUCGCAGUCGCGUUACACACGAGCGCAGUCCCCGGAACUGAGGGGACAGCAGAAGGGGGGCUCGCGGACGCUGCUGCACAGAGCAGAGAAGGCAGAGUCCUCGCACAUGCAGGGCCGGCCGGACAGGCCCGAGAGGGAAGACAGUUGGAACCUGGGUCGACCGGAACACAGGUCGCAGAACAGGCUGGACGCCCUGGACCCUAGAAAUGUGGACCGAAUGGACAGACCGGAACCUCGUGCACAGAGCCGGUUUGACAGCUUCGAACCGCAGUCCCAGUGUCGGCAAGAUAAGUCUCCGGACCGCUCGGACCUGACAAUCGAUCUCAACCUAAAGUUUGACCGCAGAAGGCCGGGCCAGCAAGAGCCAUUGCUCAGAGAGGACGACAAGCUGUUCCGCGACAGUCGACCUUCGCAUCUUCAGCGAAAACAGUCCUUGGAUGACGGAGACGAUCUGCCGGGGCCCCGACGGCCAAGUCGCCGGCGGAGUCGCACUCCGGACUUGUCACCGCCGCGGCACUUGUCUCCUCCGCGACGUCCCGUUGCACAGUUUAGCAGCGAUCCAUCGAUCGAAGAAAUGAAGCAGGAACUAAUGCAACUUAAGAUGAUGCUCAAUAAGGAGAAAGCGGGUAUUCCAGAUGAACACUCGGAGAGGAAGAGGCUGCGUUCCCCAUCUGGCAGCGACUCCUACCUCCGCGGCGACCGCAGCCCAAGUCCCGGCAAGCGGCGUCGCGGCGGUUACUCACCGGAACACCGUCGGUACAAUUCGCCCCCGUCCCACUACCGCAACAGGAGCCCCACGGAUUACCGCCGCCCCAGCCCGCCUUCCCGCCGGAGUGACCGCAGCCCGUACUACCGCAGCCCUCCGAGGCGUUACUCCCCGUCCCCCGUCAACAGCCUGUCCCCGGUGUCGGACCGAUCGCACGGUCGCCGCCGCAGCUGGUCGAAGAGUCCUCCUCCGCGCUCGCGCCGCAGCGUGAGCCCGAGGUCGUGGAGCCGGGACAGCCGCUUACAGCAGACGUCCGACGUCCCCGCGCAGCAGACGUUCUAUAACGAGGUGAAUGUUUCGCAGCCCUACUAUGAAGCCGGGAACCCUCCCGUCCCGAUGGCUGGGCACAUUCCCGACCUGUCCGUUCCCCCGCCGACCUACGGGGCUCCUGGCAUGCAGCCGCCGAACCCGUACUACGGUUAUCAGGCGCCCGUGCCCCCAAACUUCUUAUUUCCACCGCCAGCCAUAGCGCCGGUGCAGUUGCAGCAGCCACAGCAACAACAGCAGCAGCAAGCGCAGCAGCAAGCGCAGCAGAAGCAGGCUGGUCCACGGUCUAACCUGAGGGUUGUGCCACUGCAGAGAACGUCGGCUCAGGUGUCUCAACUGAAUGCCCCGAUGGCAACUCAGGGUCAAACCGUGAAAAUGGAGAAACAGUCGCCUGUCAGGGAGGUGAAGGAAGAGCGGAAGGUGCUCAUCCCAAGCCCAGAAGCUAAGCCGUGCAUCAACUCUGAAGAGUUGGACAAUUACCUGAGGCUGGUAGAAUUAAAGGACAGUCAACGCGACCGCCUGAAUCUGCUCAAACAGGAGAUGGUGAGGUUGGGCAAGAUUCAGAACGAAAUCAUGCGACGAAAACAGCACGAAAGGGAUGGCCACAAGGAUCCCUUCCUUCUGGAGAGCAGCUCUCUGUACGAGGACGUGAAGAAACAGGUGCUGGAACUGAACAACGUGAUGGAAGAGACGUCGAGAAAGAUAUACCGCAUUCCGCAGAAGGUUAAGAUGGACGCGUUAAAGAGGAAACAGGAACGUGAGGCUGCCGAUGACAGCGGAGACUCGUCUGGAAUAAGAUUCAUUUACGAAGACCCCCGUGACCAUUGGUGCCAGUCAUGCAACACUAUUGUUGCCAAUGUGAAUGAGAUUUUCAAACAUCUCCACAGUGACAAACACAAAGAGACUAUACCAACGCACGAGCGUCCCUGGGCGGAGAUCGAAAAGCCACAACCACCAUCGAAGUCGUACCAGCGUACAAUUGUCACAAACUUGAAGGGUGUUCAGUUCAUGGUUGGGAUGUCUGGCUACUACUGCAAGUUGUGUAAGGUGAUGAGCGGUGACUCCGCCAUGGCACGCAAUCACCUCUUCAGUACAGAGCACAACCAGAAUUAUACGAAGUUUAUUCUCCUGAAUCCUUUCUACGAGAGGAGGUGGAAGAUGGAGCGUGACGUUGCCUUGGCUCACUCUGUGAAAGAGAAGAUAAAAGACAAACCUUCGGUUCCAACGUCUCCAUCUACCUCCAUGGAGCAACCGAGAACGAGCAACACCAAGAGCAACAAAGACGAGAAGCAAGAACGCAUCCGCAAGAAGAGCGAGGAGCUCCUGCGUGCCGAGCGAGAGAGCGCAAAGUCUGUAAAGGAGCUGGACGAUGAGGCACCCCCCUCGCGGAGCACCGGUUCGAAAGACAAGUCCAAGGAGAAGGCCGGAAUUAAGCUGAAGCUCCUGAAGGGCCAGAAGACGCAAAAACCCGCCAAGCCAAGUCCCGUAGUGAUCAUUGGCAAGGCACCCUGUUUCCGGCCGUCUUUUUUAUCGGGUAAGAAGGCAACGGCUCCUUCCGUUGCCAAAAAAGAAGCACCAGUUACGUACGGCCCCGCCCUGCCUCCGGACAUGAUGCAGGCAGUGGCUCGAGAAGAGAUGCCACAGGAUGUCAAGAACACUGUAGUUGGCCCCGUUCCAGUUGGCCCCGCUCCUGUCGGCCACGUUCCUGUUGGGCACGUUCCUGUUGGCCCCGUUCCCGUCGGCCCCGCUCCUCUUGGCCCGGCUCCUGUUGGCCCCGCUCCUGUUGGCCCCGCUCCUAAACAGCCAGACCUUUUGGACGUACCAUUGCCAGUAUGUGCUGCUGGACCCAGGAAGCCAAAGCAGCUGAAAUCUGGAGUGGUUGAGAAGAAAGUUGAGAGGUUUAGACCAAUGACAGAGGAGGACCUUGACCUUCAACUUUUGGGAAUCGAAAGGGAUGACGUGGAACCGAUUGCGCCCGUGAAACCUCCGCCUGCUGUGGUGGCGAAGGAGAGUGAAAAUGUGUCACAAGUGCCCAUGGAUCUGGAGGACUCUGGGGAUACUGAGAAAGCUGUGGAAUGUUCAGCUGCUCAAUCAGUCAGUAAAGAUUGCACUGUUCCCAUGGAGAUUGAAGACGCUGGUGCUCUGAAGGCACCAAAGCCAAUCCACAUUGGCGGGACAAACCCACCACCUAGCGGUGGUGUGACACAAAGCACUCUGCCACAGGGAAACGUAACAUUGUCGGGAAACAGUGGUGCUGGUGUUAACGUGUCUCCUGCCACGAACGCAACAGUGACAUUAAAAACGGCUCAUGUGCCGGUCAGUACUGCUGAAAGUAGCCUUGAUCCAGGCGCAAAAGUAACGGAGCAAAACGUGAAACAGGUUUCGAGCGUAGCAACAGUUCAACUUCAAGACACGUUGAGUGCGAAUGCAGCUACCAUUGUUGGUGUCUUGAAGACAGAGCCUGUUGGAAAACAGACCACUGAUAAAUCGGAAAGUGGAGCAGAAACGAUACGAGAUGCUUCUGGAGAUGUGGUUACUCCGAUUGUUGGCUUUGAACGUGGCAAGCCUGUAGUCGUGAAAAGGACUGUUACCCCAGAUGUCUCGUCGCAACAGGGUUCAAAGGAUGGUGGUGCAGAGGUCCCCAGUGCAUCAGCUGGACUUUCUGCCAUAGAAUUUCCACCAGCCAGCAGUACAAAUAUGGAAGAGCAAGUUCAGGUUGCUGAUAGUGGUAAAAAUAUAACUGGUGCCACUGAAAUUAUCCCAUGUACACCUGUUGAAGGAUGUGUUACUAAAAAGAUGGAGCAGGUAGAUGAAACACAAAACAUACAUGUCAAGGUGGUGGUGGACUCAGCUAAGGAGUCUAGUUUGCUGGUAGGGAGCGCUAGUAAUGGUGCUCAAGAGAACAGCCUUGCAGUGGAGCGUGGAAAUGUAGCCACACAAUCUGCUGGUGAUUCUGGAACAGCUCCUCAGCAACCGGAUGUACCUGCCCCUUUGACACUUGACAUAAAACAGGACAGCCCUGUUUUAUCCGCACCUUGUGUGCCUGAACAUGUACACAAAGAAGAAUGUGAUGCAGGCAGUGUAGAAACAGCAGCACCAACUGCAGGCCAGCCUGAGGAAACUCCCCACCUUCAAGAAAUGCCUACCCAAUCGGUGCCUGACAUAAAAACUACCAACUCUGUUCCACCUAUAACUUAUUUGCCUGCAGCAGCACCAACUGCAGGCCAGCCUGUGGAAACUCCUCAGCUUCAAGAAAUGUCUACCCAAUCGGUGCCUGACAUUCAAAAUACCAACUCUGUUCCACCUGUAACUUGUUUGCCUGCAGCAGCACCAACUGCAGGCCAGCCUGUGGAAACUCCUCAGCUUCAAGAAAUGUCUACCCAAUCGGUGCCUGACAUUCAAAAUACCAACUCUGUUCCACCUGUAACUUGUUUGCCUGCGGCAGCACCAACUGCAGGCCAGCCUGUGGAAACUCCUCACAUUCAAGAAAUGUCUACCCAAUCGGUGCCUGACAUAAAAAAUACCAACUCUGUUCCACCUGUAACUUGUUUGCCUGCAGCAGCACCAGCUGCAGGCCAGCCUGUGGAAACUCCUCACCUUCAGGAAAUGUCUACCCAAUCGGUGCCUGACAUAAAAAAUACCAACUCUGUUCCACCUAUAACUUGUUUGCCUGCAGCAGCACCAACUGCAGGCCAACCUGUGGAAACUCCUCACAUUCAAGAAAUGUCUACCCAAUCGGUGCCUGACAUAAAAAAUACCAACUCUGUUCCACCUAUAACUUGUUUGCCUGCAGCAGCACCAACUGCAGGCCAGCCUGUGGAAACUCCUCACCUUCAAGAAAUGUCUACCCAAUCGGUGCCUGACAUAAAAAAUACCAACUCUGUUCCACCUGUAACUCGUUUGCCUGCAGCAGCACCAACUGCAGGCCAACCUGUGGAAACUCCUCACAUUCAAGAAAUGUCUACCCAAUCGGUGCCUGACAUAAAAAAUACAAACUCUGUUCCACCUAUAACUUGUUUGCCUGCAGCAGCACCAACUGCAGGCCAACCUGUGGAAACUCCUCACCUUCAAGAAAUGUCUACCCAAUCGGUGCCUGACAUAAAAAAUACCAACUCUGUUCCACCUGUAACUUGUUUGCCUGCAGCAGCACCAGCUGCAGGCAAGCCUGUGGAAACUCCUCACAUUCAAGAAAUGUCUACCCAAUCGGUGCUUGACAUAAAAAGUACCAACUCUGUUCCACCUAUAACUUGUUUGCCUGCAGCAGCACCAACUGCAGGCCAGCCUGUGGAAACUCCUCAGCUUCAAGAAAUGUCUACCCAAUCGGUGCCUGACAUUCAAAAUACCAACUCUGUUCCACCUGUAACUUGUUUGCCUGCAGCAGCACCAACUGCAGGCCAGCCUGUGGAAACUCCUCAGCUUCAAGAAAUGUCUACCCAAUCGGUGCCUGACAUUCAAAAUACCAACUCUGUUCCACCUGUAACUUGUUUGCCUGCAGCAGCACCAACUGCAGGCCAGCCUGUGGAAACUCCUCACAUUCAAGAAAUGUCUACCCAAUCAGUGCCUGACAUAAAAAAUACCAACUCUGUUCCACCUGUAACUUGUUUGCCUGCAGCAGCACCAGCUGCAGGCAAGCCUGUGGAAACUCCUCACAUUCAAGAAAUGUCUACCCAAUCGGUGCUUGACAUAAAAAAUACCAACUCUGUUCCACCUAUAACUUGUUUGCCUGCAGCAGCACCAACUGCAGGCCAGCCUGUGGAAACUCCUCACCUUCAAGAAAUGUCUACCCAAUCGGUGCCUGACAUAAAAAAUACUAGCUCUGCUUCACCUACAACUUGUUUGCCAGAACAUGUUGUACACAAAGACGAAUGUGCUGGUGGUGGUAUAACAACAGCAGCACGAACUGCAGGUCAGCUUGGAGAAACUCCCGACCUUCAAGAAAUGUCUACCGAAUCAGCACCUGACAUAAAAAAUACUAGCUCUGUUCCACCUGCAACAUGUUUGCCUGAAGUUAGCAAACAUGGAGCUGAAGAAUGUAGUGAUAGUGUAUCAGUACCUACACCAUCAGUAGACAAUUCAGAAUGUAUUGUGGCUCAGGGAGAAACACCUACUCCAAUGAUCUCUGACAUGAAGGAUAGCAUUCCUGCAAACACAUGUGAGGUUGAAGGUACUAGCAGAAUGGAAGCUGUAUCAUCCAUGGGUCAUUCUGAAUACAGUAUUAAAGAAACAUGUGAUGAAUUAAUGCCAGAAGCUAAGGAUGACGCUACUGUGCAGCCAGCACUUUUAUUGGAAAAUAGUGCAAGCACAGCUGAAGAUGGGAACGCCACUAAAAAAUUGGAAGGUGUGCCAUCAACACCUAACCCUGAACACACCAUUAAAGAGCAGGGUAUUUGUGUUCCAAUAGUAUCAGACAUGAAGGAUAGCGGUGUUGUGAAUCAUGCUGAAGGUGAGAAUGCUGGCAAAAUAGAAGCUGUAUCCAUAGGUGUUUCUGAGCACAAUGUCAGUGAACAAGAAAUGUGUGACACAUUGAUGCAGGAUACCAAGGAUGCCUGCACUGUGCAGUCUACACCUUUACUGGAACAUGGUGUAGGCACAGUUGAAGGUGGGAGUGGUGCUGACAAAAUGGAAGCCAUACCCUCCACAGGAGGCCCUGAAGGUACUGUUCAAGAGCAAGGGGCAGGUGCUCCACUGACGUCAGAACUAGGGGAUAGCAGUGUUGUACCUUCGGUACCUCCAUUGUCAGACAGUACAGCUAUGGAUGAAGGAAGUGGUACUUGCAGUAUGGACGUUGUACCGCCCACAGAUAAUUCAGAACAGGUUGCGAAACAGGAAGUGUCCGCAACGUCAACAUCCAAGUUGAACGAAAACAGUGAGGUAUUAUCGUUACCUCCAUCCUCUGGAGAUAAAAUGGGCAACCAAGAAAGUAGCGAUAGUGCAAUGGAAUGCGCCGCUACAACAGAUAAUUCUCAGUGUUUUUCGCAACAGCAGUCGACCACUCCGUUGGUGUCUGAUCCGCAGGAUGGCAGUGGUGCACUGUCAUCCCGUUCCUUGCCAGAGCAAGUAAUAAACGUGGAUGACAAAGAUAGCAAACGGUCAAACGAAGUUGAAAUGAAGUCUGUAGAUCAACAAGGAGGUACAGCACAUGGUGAGGCUCCUGUUGCAGGAACAGAUGCCUCUAAGAGUGACCAGGCAGCUUUAGAAACUGUUGCUGUUGCAAAAGUUUCAACGAGCCCUAGGUCUCUGGACCCUGAAGCUGGCAACCAAGUUGCAGCUGGUGAACCCAGGAGCAUGGAUGUGCGCAAUGAACCGCAAGACGAAAAGGUUCCUAAAUCUGUCUCAGGGUCUGACGAUAAAGCACAAGAUGCCACAGAUAUAAUGUCUGUUGAUGACUGUGUCAGAGCAUUAGACAGCCUCAACAGCAUGGCAACUGGAGCAUCUAUGGAAGAAUCUAGUUACUUUGCGAUGCAUGGCAAAGAGAGCAGCGACCUUUCACGUGUAGAAACAGCAGUAAAGUCCGAGGACCAGGCAGGAGGAGAGGAAACUUGCAUGGACACGUCACAGAAUGAAUGCUUGAUGCCUGAUGACCUGUCUGCAGCUGACCAGCCAGCCAAUUUGCUCUACCGUGGCAGCAAGGUAGAGGAAAAUCCAGAAGAAGGUCUGCAGCUGGAGUCCAGCGGCUCGCUGGACUUGAAUGAAGACAACUCCGUAAAACAGGCAUCGCAACUUUCGGGCGUAACGUGUGAAGGCGAUGCCGCGGAGGACACUUCGGAGAGUAAGAUGCAGGACCUGGACUUUGCAGUGGUUGAUGAGUGCUCCGAAGAUAAUGGAGAAGCAUGCAUGGAAGUGUUGGACGAAGUCACUAACGACGAAGAUGGCAUUGUGAUUGUGAUGGACCAAGCUUGAAUCAUGGCUGUGUGUAUUGUGCUGAUCAUUCUGUAACUGGAACUACUGUUUUUUUUUUCCCUCAUAUAUCUUCCUUGUUCGUUGUCACCAUAAUUUUACUCUGUCUAAUUGCACUCUGUUUUCUCUGUUGGAGGACUCAAUAAAGCUUGCAGUGGUGCAAAAAAAAA